AUGUCACGUCGUCGACCCAAACAACAACGCAAUGUCAUUGAUGAAAAUCAACCUGUAGAUUGGGAAUUAGAAGGAUUAGAAUAUAACCCUAAAGCACAGGGACAUCCACGUCGACCACGUCAACCACAAUCUACUUUACAAACACCUUCAAACUUAAUACCUUCUGAAGACCAUUCUAUUUCAAUUUCUCAACUAUGGACAUUACCUCGAACCACGUUAUUAUUAAUGACUCCAAUACUUGCAUCAACCAUUCUCCAAGUUGCUCCGAGAUAUAUAGAACCCGUUUACGGAAAUAUUUUUCCAAACAUUUAUUUUUAUGAAUUUUGUUUAAUAUCAUUAAUCUUUGGUACAAUUUUUGGUAUAGGUUUUGCAACUAAAACCAAAAGUCUUCAGUCAAAAAUUAGAGAUGAUAAAAUUACUAGAGCUAUUGUAUACGGUUUUGAUUUGUGUGGAAUAUUAUUUUCUGCUUCACCUUUAAUGGUAAAAAAAUUAUAUAACCUUAGCAGUAUUUUGGGUCCAUAUGUUGGUCCACAUAUAACACAACUUGGGUUAGCUUAUCCUAUAAUGUUCUCUCUUGGAUUCCUUAAUUCCGUAGUAUGCGUUCGAAAUUCUCAUGAACAAAGAUUUCCUAUUAUAAGAUGGAUAUCUCAUGUUAUAAUAUAUAAUAUAGUUACUUCAACAUUUACAUUUGUAUUAUAUAGUGUGGAAACCAGAGGAAGAUCAUGUCAUCGAUUAUAUUUUGGUGGAUUAGCUUUAGCACUUGUUAGUGUGGUAUUUAAAUUAUUAUGGAAUAUUCAUGGAGAAAUAAAUUUAAUUGAGAAUGCAGGACAGAGAAAGAAGAAGAAGAAUAAAUUUGGAAUUACAAUUUCUUCUAAAAUAAAGAAUUUAAGUUUUAUUUUAACGCCACAGAUUUUAAUAAUUAUUUUUGCAAUUUAUAAUGUAAAUUUUAAUCCUCAAUGUAAUCCAUCAAUAAUUCAGAAUGUAAUAGUGAAUAAUAUAGAAUAUUCAAUCAUCGCUAGAAAUGAUUCAAUUACCGGAUGGAUUGAAGUUUUAGAAGAAAUUCAUCCACGUAACAUUCGUGUAAUGAGAGCAGGACAUUCUUUGUUGGGUGGUGUUUAUAGGAAUACUUGGGAUUCUGUUUUUGGAUCUUUUUAUUUUAUGGAAGCCGUUCGAUUAAUUGAAAGAAAAAAUAAUAGUGGACAAGAAAGAGCUUUACAAAUAGGUUUAGGAAUAGGCGUAUCAGCCUCAUCACUUCAACGUCACCAAGUUUCUUUGGACAUUAUUGACCUUGAUCCAGCAGUAUAUGAAUAUGCAAUUAAAUAUUUUCGACUAGAAAAUCAUCAUUGGUUUUAUCAACAAGAUGGAAGAAAAUUCAUAAAUAAUGCGGAAUCAGGGAUCUAUGAUUAUGUGUUACAUGAUGUUUUUACUGGUGGAUCAAUGCCUUCAGAACUAUAUUCUAUAGAAGCAUUGGAACAGGUUAAAAGGGUGAUGAAGGAAGAUGGAAUAUUGGCUUUGAAUUUCGUUGGGUCAGAACGAUGGCCACAUGCAGAAAGUUUGGCAUUGGUUUCAAAUACAAUAAAAAGAGUUUUUCCAUACAUUAAAUGUUUUAAAGAAGGACCACAAAAUGAAGGAACAUUUCAAAAUAUGGUGUUUUUUGCUUCCUCUCAAAAAAUAAAGUUUCGUCAACCUGAUAAAGAAGAUUUCUUAGAUAGUGAUAUGCGAGAAUUUAUGUUGAAAAAUUUCAUAAAAUGGCCAGUAAGUUUGGAGAAUUUUAAAAAUGUCAGUGAAAUAAUAACCGAUAUGAAUAAUCCAUUAGAAAAAAUGCAGCUUAUUUCGGCACAUGAACAUUGGGUGAUUAUGAGAGAAUUGUUUCCAAUGGAAAUGUUGAAAGGGAUGUUUGAAAGAAGAAAUUUAGAGUAG